AUGGUCACCAACACGGCGUUCGUGUUCGUGAAACCGCACGCGGUGACGCCGGAGACGCUGGAAGUGGUUCAAACUGAACUCACGCGCGCGGGGAUGCGAAUCACGAGCGAAGGUGAGGUGAGCGCGGAAACCAUCGAUGCGAAUCAGUUGGUGGAUCGACACUACUACGCGAUUGCGAGCAAGGCGACGCUGCUGGACGCGGAACGAUUAAACGUGCCCGAGGAAAAGUUUCGUAAGGCGUACGGAGUGUCGUGGAGUGAUGUUCUUGAGCGAGGAUUGGCGAUGAACUCGAAGAAGGCGUGUGAGAAAUGGAAAAUGACGCCGACGCAGCUGGACGCGGCGUGGCAGCAAGCGAAGAGCGACGGGAAGAUGACGAAGCUCGGUGGGGGGUUUUACUGCGCGAAGAUGAGAGAUUGUUACGUGUUUAACGGGUUUUACAUGACGAUGCGAUCCAAGUUCGUGAAGCCGGGGACGUGCAUUCAUUAUUACGUGGUGGAGUGGGAGAGCGAAAAGAUGUCGUGGGCAAAGUUUCGGGGAGAGUUGUUGGGACCCACGGAGCCAUCGACGGCGCCGGAGACGUCGCUUCGCGGGAUUAUUUAUAACGAUUGGGAAGCGCUCGGUUUGAAAGCACAGCCGACGACCGGAGAGAACGGGGUGCACGCGAGUGCGAGCCCGUUUGAGGCUUGCGCGGAGAUGAACAAUUGGUUGGGGACGCCGUUCGCGGAGACGGCGUUUGGGUCCGUGCUUUUAGACGCUGGGAUCGCGGAAGAUACCGUGAAGGCGUGGAGUGUCGACCCUCAAGUGACGUAUGGCGCGCCGGCGAUGCGCAUCACCGGUUCGCUUUUCGACGCGCUCGAAGAUACGGACGCGGAUUACUGCGCCGCGCUGUGCGAGAUGAUCGGCGCCGACGGCGUUAGCGCAAAGGAUGGUAUUCGUAUCGUCGCUGCGAGCGUCCUAGGCUUAGCGUUAGGCUUCCUGCUUCCCAAGAAGCGGUAG